CGUGAUUCCAAGGCAAAUGGGACCAAUGUCUCGUCCUCUGUGCUGGAUCAUGACCAUCUCACAUAGCUCAGGCUGGCGCGAGUUAAUCUUCUCAAUUGCGCAAACCCCCUUUUUCUAGUGUGCGACCGUCUAAUGUGCCGAGGUGCCAACAGCACGGCUAUCACUUGCUAACAGCACGGUGCUCUGUCUAGCUCAUACUUACAAGUGUCUUGUCUCCUACCCUCGGUCGCAAUUGCCGCGACGGCAAAAAAUGGCCUCGGAAGUGCUACCACAGGACUUCAAAAUCAUAUCGUCUCUACGCUACGAUCCUGCUCUUUCGACGAUAGGCAAGCGGGCAGCGGCUAGAACAACACCCGAUCCAUUGACCACACCGUAUUAUCUCCUCCCUUACCACCAAGAACGCCUUCGAAAUGCAGCGGCAUGUUUCAGCUGGGGAAAGGCUCUCGCCUUCUUGAAACAAGACACGAAUCAGUUCGUCGAGUUUCUUAACACCUUCAUUCCGGACAACACCAAGCCAUGGCGCCUCCGAAUUCUCCUCGAUAGCACGGGCACUUGCGAGGUUGAGGUCAACCCAACGACGUCAAUGAAUCCGCUGAAUUAUCUUACUCCAACCGAAACGAACCUUCAGACCACUGCCUGGCGUGUAUAUAUUGAUUCCGAACGCAUAUCCCCAUCCGUGUUUACAACACACAAGACUACGGCUCGCGACUUCUACACGGCUGCACGACUCCGAUCGGGAAUAGUUUCUUUUGUAGAGCCUGCGGAAGUUCUUCUGGUAAACCCGGCGGGUGAGAUCAUGGAAGGAAGCAUUACAACACCAUACUUCAGGCGACGAGAUACGACGGAUGGGGAGGGAAAGCCAGCUUGGAUUACACCGCCGCUUUCCAGCGGUGGCAAUGCGGGUACAACGAGGCAAUAUGCUUUAGCACAGGGAUUCUGCGCUGAGGAUACAAUUGCAGCUACUGACCUAGUGGAUGGCGAAGAGUGCUGGCUCAGCAAUGGUGUCCGAGGUUUCAUCCGCGGUCAGAUUGUACUAAGAGGAAUCGACGAGCCACAUGCCUGACGUCUAUCUAAGCCAGACAAUAGAAGGAUUGCCGAGUAAAGUCGAGGAUAACACCCGGAUAUCUCGGGCCCCGACCUUGUGAAAGACCAGGAUUUCCCUAUCGGUCAUGUAGGCGUAUGAGCUUGCAGACAUGUGUCACACUUGUUGACAUAUCUUAUGCAUAAAAGCGCCAAAUAGUGCUCCGCACCUAUUGUCAUUACAUUGCAGGGCCACGUAUGAGUCCAACUGUACCCUGCUAUGACGAAAGGCUGUUAUGAGAUACAGCAUAUAUAGUACAGGCAGAGCACUGUUGAUUUCUGCUAGUACCUUUAGGGGGUCUGAACUGGGUGCUCACUACUACAGUAGUAGUACUACCAGCUUAGUAACUACCCCUCAUGCUAGUAUGCUAUAUAAUGAUUGAGUGUGACUAGCAGUGGGUACUAGUACUAUUAAGUACUCUGCUGUUAGCCUUUCACUACUACUAAUUAUACUGGUACUAGG